AUGGGCUCGAAAAAAUCGAAACAACAAAUUUAUUCUGUACAUGAUGAGAUUAAAAAUUCAACUUGUUUCGAAGAUUUAAGUAAUGAUCUUAUUUAUGAAUUAUUUGAUUAUCUUUCAUUUCAUCAUAUCAUUUUGGCUUUUGAUAAAUUGAAUAAACGUUUUCAAAAUCUUACAGAUACUUAUUCACAUUAUGUAAAUCUUCAACAACACACUGAAGACAAUAUCAUACCAUUACCUCAGUAUAUUGGUUCACUUAAAAUAAGUGCUCGUUAUCAACUUCGAUUUAUUGAUUUUUCGAAACUUAGUUCACUUCAUUGUUUAAUAAUUUCAAAUCUAUCAAUAUUUAAUUUAUUUCAUAUAUUCAAUAUUCUUUCAUUAAAAGAACUUGAAUAUAUAUAUUUAGGUGCAUGUACUGAUUAUUAUAGAGAUGAACAUGAACAACUUGCAAAAGUUCAAGAAAAAAUUCUCUUAUUAGGUAAAUCAAAAUUAAAAAAAUGCGUAUUUCGUAUGAAACUUGUUGCAAAUAUUGAUCAAUUACCAAUGAAUUUAAUAUCAUUAGAAUACUUACGAAUAGAUGGAUGUGAAAAUAUAUCCAUUGUUAAUAAUCUACUUGAUCGUAUGCCAAAUUUAAAAUCUCUUCAUGUGUCUAUUCUUCAAUCAUUUGCAACUAAUGAUAAUCAAUAUCAUAAUAUGAAACAAAAUCAUAAAAAUAGUUCUCUUAUUAAUUUAAUUAUUCGAUUUCAUGAUCCUAAGCCAUUAGAAGAACUUAUUCCAUUAUUAAUUAAAAAUUGUUCCAAUUUAAAUAAGCUUAUUGUUUAUUUAACUCCUGUCAGGGAAAAUGAUGUUGACCGUGAAAUAUCUUAUAUUCGUUUGAUUAAUCUACCUGUCUCCAUAACAAAUGCUAUUGAUCAAUUUUUACCUCAGCUUACAAAUUUUCAUCUUCGUCAACGUAUUCUUUCAUACAAUGUUGACUUUUUCAAUCGACCAUCUUAUUCUUUACCUCAUAUUAAAGAAAUUCCAUGUUCAUUAAAACAUAGGUCGUAUCGAAUAUUUAUUGCUUCGCACUUAACAAUUCUAUGGAAAAAUACAGCUUGA